AUGGAAGUGACGACGUUUCGGCCCGAGGUGUGGAACGUGUCGUCAGUGGGCGGCGGAGGCGGGAACUGGAGCUGCGAGCCGGCGCCGACGCUGACGCAGGCGUCGUGGGUGCGCGCGUGGGUGCUGUCGGCGAUGGCGGCGCUGUCGCUGCUGGGCAACGCGGCGACCAUCGCCAGCAUCCACCGGCGGCACUGGGCGGCCGCGCCCGGCAGCAGCCGCCACCAGCCCUCGGCGGUGUACGCGCUCAUCCUGCACCUGUCGGCCGCCGACCUGCUGGUGACGGUCUUCUGCAUCGCGGGCGAGGCCGCCUGGAGCUACGCCGUGCAGUGGCUGGCCGGCAACGCCGCCUGCAAGCUCUUCAAGUUCGCGCAGGUGUUCAGCCUCUACCUGUCCACCUUCAUCCUGGUGCUCAUCGGCAUCGACCGCUUCGUCGCCGUGCGCUACCCCAUGCGCGCGCUCGGCACCGCCAACCGGCUGGGACGGCUCGUGGCGGCCGCCUGGGGCCUCAGCGCGCUGCUCAGCCUCCCGCAGGCCAGAGGUGAUCCACCGGGGGACACUGCGUCGAUCGCUCUGUCCGCUGUACUGCCUAUCGCGUCCUCCGCGGCCACCGUCGCUAACAUCGGGCUGUUGCUGCGGAGCGAGCGCCUCCACCAGACCAAGAACAUCCCAGAAGCGAAGAACCAAAGGACAGACAGAGCACGGGAGUUCGAAGGAAGCUGA